AAAUCGAAGAGAGCAGAAGGCACCUCGCCUAACAUUAUAGGAGAAGGGGCUGAAACCACUCAAAUCUUCUUUGUGAAAUUGAAGAAGAAAUGGGCGGGCAGCUUAGACUCUUUCCCGAAGAGAGCUCCAACCAAUAGAUGAGAUUAGAGACGCUAACAUAACAGGGGCAGGAGACAUAUCUUUAAGAACCAAGAACGGGAUAUUCGCAUUAGCAGAAGGAGGAGAGCGAAGAGAUGAGCACUUUUCAAGCAGCUUUCCUUAACGAAGUCAUUCUAUGUGACCAAUGCACGCUUCAAAGAAAGCAAAGAGGGAUGCUCGCUAGCAGCUCAAGGGGAUUGAAGACCAAGGCAGGGCUCUUGUUGACAAAGAAGGUCUAAAAAGGCAAAUUAACGCAUUUGAAGGUAACCGCCCUACGUACGUAUAGUAGAAAGACCCAUCGGACCUGUGAAAGUCUCGUUUUUGACUAAACUAAGAAACACGGGCUUUGCUGCGACGAGGAUGCCUUUUUUAAUCAGCCAGCGUCAAGACCUGCAACAGAGUCCUACCACGUUAAGGGAGAGCACCCAACUUGCUUGUUGACACGUGAGGGGAAAAGAUAAAGAAGGAGUUGCAGCAGCGGGCUUUGGGGGAACUCAUGGCAUUCAUAACCCUCUUUUGACUUUGUAUGUUAGGGUAUUCCCUUAGCUGGGUUUCGCUAAUGAACUAAACUAAAAGACUGCAAUUAGCGUUUAUGGAAGAAGAAACUAAGGAGCAAGGCGACCGCAGUCGAAAAUUUUGAAGUCAAGCAUGCAGCAGCAAAUAGUGCGGUGGGACCCCCCCAGAGCUUUCGUUUAAAUGUAGAUUCUCCCUUUUAAUGAGCAAGUAAUGGCUCCUUCUUCUAGUCUCCGAGAGGGAGCGAAGAGAUCCCCGAAAAGAAGCCCAAGCGUAAUAAGCAAAGGAAAAGAAUGGAAAAAAAGGUAUACGGCAUAAGCCAAGCGAUAGAUAUGAGUUGCGGCAGUUCCUCUUGCGGUUGAUCCACCAUUGCUGUUAGUUUUGCGUUAGUCGGUUCGAACAUCGAUUUUGAGAAAGUCAACUUACUCUUACUAAAAUAUAAAAAAAAAAUGAAAAAAACAAAAUAGACUUUAUAUAUAAAAAAAGAAAUGGAAAUGCAGGAGACUCUUCUUCCCUUUUCCCUCCUCCCCUUCCUUCGCUCCCCCCCCCCUAGCUCACUAAAGACAUUGGGGAAAGCCUCCUAUAAUGACUCAUGAGAGAUUCAUAGCACGCCAAAAAUUUCGUAUAUAAAGAGAGCUAUUACAUCUCUCUUUUCUAAUUGAGUUCUGCACCAGGACUCAAACCAUACCUCGAGGAGAGGGUAGCUGAAAGAGCGCUUCUCCGAGGGACAUGGUUCGAAACGAAAAAGUGCAUCCCAUGUCUUUCUUGGUUGGACCAACCCAACCGGCGAUUUCCGACAAGUCUCUCUUUUUUUGGGGGGAGCAGACAAAGAAUAAAAAAACAAAAUGCUUGUUCUAAAAUGGCUAGUCCUCAGUCUUCUUUCGGUUUUCGUAUCACGGAUCUUGGUUCGCGCUUUAUGGCGAAAAAUCCAAUCCCAUAUAAAAAUACGACCCAUUUUCACACCAUCUAUCUAUUCAUUUCUUUCCUAUGUCUCCAACUCUUCCUCCUUAUGUUCUUACCACCCUCUGACGAAUUGACAACUUUUUUUGAGCGCAAAAUGCCUGACAUAUGGGGCCUUUCGGGGAUCGAACAUGAGCAACCUCCUUCCCAGGAGGACUUGCUUUUAAUUACCUCACUGGAAGACUUAAUCAGAGAAAGAACAGAGAAUUGACUUUCAGAAGAAGGAGUCUCUCUCUCGCCAAAUGAGAGGGAUAACCUUAUCCGAGAGUACAUCUCUCUUUCUCGUGCCGAAAGGAGUCCUCAGGAACUCUAUCGGAUUGCUGAAAGUCUUUCUGAAGAGGGGAGACAGAGCCCUCUAUACCUAUUUUUUAGGAAUAGGAUUAGAAGGCUAUAAAGUAGCCCUUUUGUUUGUGCAUCUUUCUUUCUCCCAUGCUUUCCGUUGGUCAACAACCAACCAUAGCUCUCUAUAAUUCUUCACUUACUACUCGUACAGGAAGGAGUCUUUUUCUGUCUGGAGGGUUUUUUUUUUCAAAAAAUAAUGCCUCAACUUGAUAAAUUCACAUAUUUUACACAAUUAUUCUGGUCAUGCCUUAUCCUCUUUACUUUUUAUAUUCCUAUAUGCAAUGAUGGAGAUGGAGUACUUGGAAUCAGCAGAAUUCUCAAACUACGGAACCAACUGCUUUCGCACCGAGGGAACAAGAUCGGGAGCAACGAUCCUAAGACUUUGGAAGAUAUCUCGAGAAAAGGUUUUCGCACCGGUGUUUCCUAUAUGUACUCCAGUUUAUUCGAAGUAUCCCAAUGGUGUAAGACCGUCGACUAUUUGGGAAAAAGGAGGAAAAUCACUUUGAUCUCUUGUUUCGGAGAAAUAAGUGGCUCACGAGGAAUGGAAAGAAACAUUCUCUAUUUGAUCUCGAAGUCCUCAUAUAACACUUCUUCCAGUCGGAUCACUUGUAGGAAUGACAUAAUGCUCAUCCAUGUUCCACACGGCCAAGGAAGCAUCGUUUUUUAAUCUAAUGAAACCCGGAAGAGAUUCUUUCUCGAGGAAUGGAAGGCACUACAAGAAAGAUAGACUCCUUUUCAAAUCGCCCCGCGGUGUUGAAAGGUUCUCGAGAUUAUAAAUCUUUCCAUUUUAUUUUUCCAUUAGAAGGAGCUUGUACAUGUUCGGCAGUACCACCUGUUCAUAGUAUGAAAGGUUCUUAAUGUUAGUUGAGUCCUUGGUUCCUCAAUUGAUUGACCCGCAAUAAUACCUAGCUGGCCAUGCGGGCUCGCAGACGUAAGUUGGUUUUUGUGAACUGCCCGAACAGCGAUAAAGCAAGAUGGGAAAGCAUGUUUUUUGGGCUAUUUUAUCCCUUCUUCCGGCGGUUUACGAAAGAUCGCUCGCUCGGUGCAGUACCUCAUCGACGUUCAUUGCUGUACUUCGAGCUGCACUCCGCUGGUCACCCUCAAAAUCCUACAUAGCCGAGCCGUAAACUAGUUUACGGAAUGCGCUAGUCACUACCCUUUAUAUACGUAAGGGGAAUCAACUAUAUCCCUAUACCAAUGGUUGGGAAUAUUACUCAAAUUUGUGAUAUAGCUUAUCACUCAUACGAAUUCUCGCGUCGCCUAGUCCUCCUCCCAGAUCAUUUCUUUCGAAGUUAAUAAGGUCGAGAAUGACCUGCGAAGACAGGCGUUGUUCUUUUUCAAACUAUCCAUGAGUCUCUUAGCGACCUCUCGGACACACGGGACGAUGAUACCUGAGAAGGACCACCAACUUGACCAUAAGCAAGGGAGCGGUAGCCCAUGACUGUUACCGACUUAGUUAGUUGUCUGACCAAGAACUAGUUCAAAUUGUGGUGAUUCCAGGUAUGCUUGGAUGAAUUUAUAGAGGUUUCAAAAGGAAUUGCAGGAUGAUAUCGUCAAGAAAGAGUAAGACUUUGAAAAAAUUUCAUUACAUUUUGGUCGGUCUUUUGAGCCCUCAAUUAACAUAAAGAAAGGGAGAAAGGGAAACGGGCAUGGGGUCGAAUAGGUCCAACAGAAGCAUCCUCACAAGCAGCCAAAGAUAGGCGAGGAAAAAAUUCCUUCGGGAAAGAUCAGCUCUAGAUAAGGAACAAACUUCAAACUUCGCGACAAAGGCAACAGAAACCUGCUUCCAUGCUGUCCUUGCUUGGCUAGCCAUUCCGACCUUAUCCGUCGCCCUCUUAUUUAUCAGCCAGCCCUGGCUACUGGUUUAAAUCUAAAUCAUUCUGUAACCACCUCUUUUUCUUUGGAAUGGCAUUUAUUUUCAUCUUCUUUCUCUACCUAAGUAGAGUAGAGCCAAACCCUCUAUGAGCCCUUUCCUUCUUUCUUUCAUGGAAGUAGGCUUAUUCCGCCUUAAAAGCUUGUGUUCUUAUUCCUAUCGCCCUUUCUUAAAUAGAAAUGGGCAUCUUCUUAUUCUUCAGCCUUAAUUAAAGGCUCUUCCCUGCCUAGCUCCUCUGAAAAAAGGAACUACCUUGCUUCGGCGCACGAUUCGGAAAACAGCCUCAAAUUGAGCUUUUACCUCUCCAACCGCUGCCCUAACGAGUGGGAAAAGAGAUAGAUCGGGGGUAUCGAUGUGGAUGAAAGGCAGAGAUGAGAGCGAAAGAAGAGGAGUGGAACGAAGCCUUAAAGGCGAGGCACCCGAAGACAAAAGCCAUUGGCUGAACACCAGCCGGAAAAAUCCUUAAUUCGAAAGACGACAAUCAAAGCAUCACGACUCGAGGAACAAUCCUCAAGGGAGUGAACCUGUGAGAUCGGUAGAAAACCCGUAAAAGGAAGCCGCUAGGCAUCAAGCCCUAUUACCUUAGACCCAGGGAGGGUGGCCGUUGUUGGGUGGUGAGUUGCAAUGAAAGAGCUGAGAAGUUUUGGAUGUACAUAGAAGGGUGAGACUUUCUCGGCUCAAGCCGGAACACUUUUUCUGUGCCUACAUACCGAAUCAGACAAGUGAAUCAAUCGGUGGUAUGUUCUUCUUCACGUGAUCGUGCUCUAGACCUAUGGGACUAACAACCACGGGGGCUUGCACUCCCUUUAUGACCAAGAUCAGGAGCUAUUCAUAGAGCCGGGGUGCCCCCGCCUAGGGAAGCAGAUCUGUCCUCUAAGGAGCGUUAGCCAUACCAUGUAACUACAACACGAGGGACCCUAAGGACGGAAGGGCUCUUUCCGAAAAGGCUUGGGUCGGCCAUUAGUGCUCUUUUGUUGUAAGCUUUUAGGCCUUUGGUCUGUCAGUUGCUGACGCCUUCUCUUCCUUUGGUCUAACCCUGAAGCUCUCACAGCGAGAUCAGAUACAGUUGACACCAUGCCGAACAUCAUUCGAGAUGCCACCUUCAACCAAGACUGAAAUGCUAAACACAGUUCGUUCGGUAGCUCACACGCACCGCUCGUUUAAAAGGAAGAGGGCAUGACCAGCUUCGAAUCCGGAUCUCUUUUAUGAUAGUCAUCACGAAUCCGCUUUCCUUUUUGACCUCAAUGACGACUCAUUCAUAGAUCUUUCAUCUUAGAG